CAUCGUUCCCUCAGCGGAAGGAGCUGCCCCUUCCAUCCCACACAAAUACGAACGCUGUCGCGGUGUUGUGACAUAACGGUGCCCCCAGACACUGCACGAGACCACGAACAACGACGCACAUCACAAUUACGCACAAACGCGAAAGGGCCACAACAACCACCUCCCCUCCAACAGCACUGCCACGGAGUGGUGGUGCCGGAGUAACAUGGCCCGCAACAGGCGAGUGGCAUUGCGACGCGUGCCGCGCUCCCUUGCUGUCGUGGCCUGUGCUUUCGUGGCACUGCUAUCGUGCACGCUACUGUGGCACGCAAGCACAACAGCGGCAGUAGCACAGGACCUGGCGCCGUGCGACGUUGCACGCCACGAUGUCGUCUUUGUGCUUGAUGGCCAUGUUGCCCUCUUGUCGCAGCACGACGAAGCGCUACAGGCCGCUGCCACCAUCACCCGCGCCUUUGAUAUCGGACCCCAGCGAUCAAGGGUGGCGUUUGUUUAUGCAACUGGAAGCUCUGCCCGACUUAUGUUCGACUUUGCGCAGCACACCACCACCGACGAUGUGACUGCGGCCAUCCUGAACACACCGUUUGUUGGCACGCCGACGUCAAAGCUGCACUAUGCGCUGGCGCUGUUGCUGAACGGGCUCCUCCCCGCACGCGAGCGCACCAGCCCCGAGUACACGCCCGUGGUCGUGCUGCUCGUAUCGUCAAACUCGCCCGUAACCGCACAGACCGUCAGCCUGAUGCAGCAGCUGCAGUCAAGUAUGGGCGCUGUUGUUGCCGCCGUUGCCCUGGGCAGCGCCACGCCAACCAUCGCCACCAACGCCCUCACCAACGGCGUGUCCGCGCCAACGCACGUGUUCCUCUCCCUGCAAGCCACCCUGAAUUCAGGGAGCACGCGUGCCUUUGCGCACGGCGUUGCGUGUGACCUGCGUCUCCUGUCGUUCAGCGUGGACUUGGAUGCGGGAGCGUGCACACUCGAGUUCAACCGCCCUCUCCCGCCCGUGGCACUGCAGCCAACGCAGCUUGUCUUGCUUGCAGGCACGACAGAGAACAGUGGAAGCGGCGACAGCAGUGACACUGGCAGCAGCAGCAGCAGCACUGCCGCUGGUGCUGUCACAUACCCGCUGCGCGUGCCAUCUUCGUCGCUUGGACUUGCCUCCACCAUCGCCAUGGCCAUCCCACCACAAGACGUGGCUGCGUUGUUGACGCAGCGGCACCUGCUGCAAUCAACCGCAACCACCGCCAUUGCAGCGGACAACACCACGCUCGCGUCCCCCUCCCUCUUCACCUUCCGGGCGAUUCACCGCACAACGCCGCUCCCCGCCACCAUCGUCACGGGUCCCCUGCCCCCAUAUGGCAUGCGCGAUCUUGUUCCUGUCGGCAUUGAGGCACGGCGCCUCGUGUUCACGUGGACGCAAGUGACCGCGCCCAAUGCUGACACCGUUGAUUACGCCGUGUGGUGUGCUGGCGACCUCAACCCCGCUACAUAUCCAUCAUCGCUGCCGAUGGCACGGCUGGAUGUGUUGGACCCGCCACCUCUGGCCAUCCCGGCAGUGCCGUCGCCGUCGUCACCGCGCAACGGAGCGACACGCAUUGCCUUCAACGCCAUUGAUGCGUCACGCCUGACGCCAGCACCGCCGGACAGCCCCUCCAACGGGUUCAUCACGUUCAACGGGCAGACGAGCUACACGUCAUCGCCACUGCCAUCCAUCAGCACCACGUUCACGGUCGCCACGACGCUGCUGCAGGCGUCAACGAGCAACAGCUUCAUCUUCCUCAAGCGCAACGCAGACGCAGACAUCCUCUACGCCCUGGCGUCCCUCUCGUCUGCAAACGCGCUCGUGUUUUACUACCGCCCGUGUGGAACAUCGGACCUGCUGUCCGCCACUUUCCCGUUUCAGCUCGCCGACCAGCGCGUGCACCGCGUGCUCCUGUCCAUUGACAGCGGCGCUGUUUCGCUCUCUGUCGAUGGUUCACAGCGCGUCACCCGCGCCAUGCCCUCAGCAUGCAUCACAGACUGCCUUCCCCAGACGCAGGCGUGCUCGUUUGUGAUUGGCGGCCAGCCAACCCCUGCUGGCCUCGCACUGCCGUUUGUGGGCACCAUCACAGAGCUGUACUUGUUCCCUCUCGCCGCUCUCACGUCCUACCCAGACGCAGCCCAACUCACAAUCACGACAUCAACCACAUCAACCACAACAACCCCCACAGCCACCACAGCCACCACAGCUACCACCGCUGAUUCAUCAUCAUCGUCGUCGUCACCGUCCGUGCACCCGUCUGGCCUGGGCAACGUGACGUUUAUGCGUGUGCACACCACCGCCGAUGCCAGCGGAACGGUCGUCCUCAACGACCUCACCCCUUACGCAACCUACCACUGCUUCCUGCGCGUUUCAAACGAGUUUGGGUCGCGAACAGGCACCGUCCUCUCCAUUCGCACACCAGCGGCGCCGCCGCGUUUCGUUUCGCCACCGACUGUCAGCGCCAUCACCGCAACGGGGGCGGUGCUGACGUGGCAGGAGCCUGGCGAGCUCAACGCAGCCUCUGUUGUGUACGACAUCAUCGUUGUCCCUGCGAACAACGCGUCGCACACGGUUGCAGACGUGCGUGGCCUGGAUCAGCAGCAGCGCCAGCUUGCUCUGGCCACGCUGCGCCCAUACACCCAAUACCACGUGCAAUUGGCCGUGCGAAACAGCGCGGGCACAACACAAGCACGGCUGGUCUCCUUCACCACGCUGCCAGCACCACCAGCAGGCGUGGUGCAGCCCACAACCAUUGCCACCACGGCAACCACAGUGACACUGGCCAUUGCGCCUGCUCGCUCGCUCAACGGCCCUGCAGCCACAUAUCGCAUCUACGCCCGUCUCCUCUCGUCCAGCGCAACCACAACUGGUGAAGAUAGCGGCGAUGGUGACAGCACCACUGCCUCUCCCACCACCACGACAGCAUCGGUAGCAACACCAGCAUCCACAACAGCACCACCAACAUCAAGAGCAACAGCAACGGCGGUGUUGGUGGCGGAGACGAAUGCUGCGCCGUCCUCACUCACCAUCGGGCAGCUUCUACCUGCGAGCGUGUAUGUGUUUGGCGUGGCGGUGGACAACGGAGCGUUCAAUUCGUCCGUCGUGUUUGCAGAUGAGACGACAGUAACAGCGGCCGCGCUGCCGACAGAACAGACACCGCCUCUCCUGCAGCCACAGGCACGUGCCAUCACCAUUACCAACACCCCGCUCCCGCUCCGCCCAAAUGGCGAAAUUGUCGCAUUUCGCGUGUGGUUGGACGGGAUCAUCUACACGGACGUCAGCAGCGGCGUGCUUGCAGGCACGACAAUCACGGGGCUGGCACCCGCCACCAUGUACAACGUGUCUGUUGCCGCAUGCACCACGGCUGGGUGCGCGUCCCCUCCUGCCGGCGCGAUUGCCACAACUCUGCCGGCGGCCCCAGAGGGCGUGUUGCCGCCAACGCUCGUGCUUGCAAGCAACACAUCGCUCACGUUUCGCGUCAAACCGCCCCUCGUUCCCAACGGACCUGUGCUCGCAUACGAGCUCGUGCUUGAGCAGAUGCACGGCUGCGUGCAGGCAGACCCCGUUGGCUGCUCGUUCAUCACCUGUACCAGCGACGAGGAGGUGUGUGGGAAUGCAUGCUACAACCCCGCCACGCACGUGUGCUGCGGCAACACCGCACUUCACCCACGCGCGGACAACCACACGUGCUGCGGCAGUGCAUACGUGAGCACGGAGCAGGACCCAGCCCUGCCUCCCUUCGAGUGCUGCGGUGACAAGUGGUCGCCCCGGCGUGGGGGAUACGUGUGCUGUGGCGGAGAGCACGUGUUUGCGAGCGAGGGCGCGCUAUGCUGCGACGGCGUGCUGACGGAGGGCGACGCGUGCUGUGGUGCUCAGGGGUACUACGACACGGAUGCGCACAUGUGCUGUGACGGUGUGUUGUACGAUGCCGCUGCCAAUCGCAAGUGCUGCGGUGCAACCGUCAUCCCCUCAUCGCAGACGUGCUGUGCCGGCGUUGGGCGUCAGUUGAACGCAGACAACAGCGAGGCGUGUUGCGGUGUGGACGUGUUCACCACCACCACCACCACCACCACAAACAGCAGCAGCAGUGGUGGUGGUGGUGGUGUUGGUCUGUGCUGCCCCGUGUCGCCUGCGCUUGCUGCUGGCGCCGAUGGCGAUGUGGCUGCAAACCCGUUUGAAUUUGGCGGCAGUUCUUCUGACGGCCACCUGCUGUACAACACGACCGCACUCAACACCGUGCUGUCAGCAUCAUCAGUUGCGAAUGCGGGCUGCUGCGCGGGCCUGCCCAUUGACACAUCCGCAUACACGUGCGCGUCAACGCUCCCCGACACCACCACCACCGCCGCCGCCACGACAGCACCCCAGCUGACUUGCGCCCUGCCCGUGGUCACAUGCGACGCAAGCGCAACACCACUGACGCCAACAGCAACAACAUCAGCUUGCGGCACGUGUGGGUUUGAUCUGAGCAGCACCACGUGCAGCAUUUACGACCCCACAGCCCGUUCAUCAUCAUCACCAUCGUCAAUGAUCAGUGGUGUGAGCGCGGCGCUGGCAUCAGAGGGGCGGCAGCACGUCAACUCUGCAUGCCCACCAUACACCCGCUCCCGCGUACACCGCACAACCCACACCAUCAGUGAUGGCGGUGGUGAGAUGCAAGCGGUUGACGUGACCGUGGCUGGCCUACUGCCGGCUGCGCGCUUCAGUGCCGUGCUUCGAGUUAUCGGCGCUGGUGGCGAGGCGUCAUCACCACCACUGCAAUCGUCAUCAUGGUUGGCAACACGGCCGUCAUCGCCCGACGGCGUGCUGCCGCCAGUGCUGGUGGACACCACGAGCACAAGUGUGCAAGUGCAUGUGCACCGUGCCCUUCGCGAGCAUGCGCCCAACAUCACGUACACCCUUCUCAUCGCCCCUCCCUCCUCCUCGUCAGCAUCGUCGUCAGUCGAUGAGGUGGUGCGCGCUCCCGUGUCGUUUCCAGAUGUGUCAGCUGCUUUCACAGCCAGCAGCAACGCGGCACACGUGCUGUGGGCGCCAUCCCUGCCCUCGCUCGUGUCAAUCACGGAUCUCGUGCCGUUCACGCAGUACAACGUGUGGGUUGAGGCGUGUGCGAACCUGCCAGCGCAGGACCCACAGUCAACAACAGGCGCCACAACGCCUCCAAGCAGUCCCACAACAGCAGCACCAGCGCCAGGCACCACAACCCAAAACGCAACCAACACACCGACAACAGCCUCAUCGACCCCCACACCCACACCUUCAACACCCUCGACAACAGCAUCAUCACCAACCACCACAACCACCAUGCUGUGUUCCGCCUCGCCUCGCAUCAUGACAACCACGCGGCAAGCGCCACCGCCCAGUGCUGGCGACGUGGACGUGACGCCCACCCAAACGUCGCUGCAACUGUCAUGGGGGGUCACGCCGGAGCAGGAGCGAAAUGGGCCUAUCCUUUUCUACAGCGUUUCGGUCGAGGGCCGCGCACGUGUUGAUGUUGCUGCGGCGCGGACAACCAUGACCACCACCAUCGCCAACUUGCAGCCGUACGAGCUGGUCGUCAUCACUUUCGCAGCAUGCACGCGCGCAGGGUGCACGUCACGCGCGAUUGCUGCGCGCACGCUGGCCGCCCCUGCCACGGCGCUGGCGCCGCUUGGCGUGGAUGGCAUUGGCACGACCUAUGUUGCCAUGUCGUGGUCCCCACCGACGCGUCCCAACGGGCAAGUGGCCGGGUAUGUCGUGGAGCGGGAUGGAGCCGUGAUUGCGGAGCCAGCAGUGCCGUCGUUCAACGACACCACGGCGCUGCCGUACACGCUGUACACGUACGCGUACAAGGUUGUGAACGAGGCUGGCCCAUCGGCGCCCGUGUCUUUGCCGUUUCCUGUGCGCACGCUCCCUGCCGCCCCGCAGUUUCCGCCCGUCGCCAUCCUCACCGUUGUCACCGACAGCAGCAUCGGCCUGGCGUGGGACGAGCCUGGUCGCCGCAACGAUGCAGCCGUCUCCUACCGCCUCUACCGCAGCGUGGGCACCGCCCCCAACAGCACCGCCCACCUGGGCACGCUCGUCAACGAAGGGUCACAGCUGUCCUUCGUGGACGAGGGGUUGCUUCCGUUUUCGCAGUACUUCUACACAGUUGUGGUUGUCAACUCGGUUGGCACAGCCGUAGCCAUGCAUGAAGACCCGUCCGGCAGUGCCCAGGGCCUCAUCCCCCAAGCAACACGUGCCGUGACGUCGCAGGCGUUGCCUGCAGGCACAUCUGCGCCGCAGCUCACCGUCCUCUCCAGUGGAUCCAUCGAAGCGUCCGUGUCCAUCCCGGGCAUUCCAAACGGGCAGAUUACGCAAUACGCGAUCCAGCGCCGUCGCGUUGUCGGCGAUGACGCAACACCACUCCAGCCCACCACCAUCUGGACCAGCCCCGCGCCCGGCAGCGUGGUUGACGAUGAGGGCCUGCAGCCAUACACGCUGUACGAGUACCGCGCGCUCGUGACAAAUGGCGCGGGCAUGACGGCGUCCGUGUGGUCCCAGGCACGCACGUGCUCCGCAGCGCCAGCAGCGCCAGGGGACGUGGCACUGGCCGGCACCGCUGCCGCUGCAACAUCGGCAGUGGUGUGGUGGACCGUUCCUCCGGCCGUCAACGGGCCAGCGGGGGCCGUCACGUACAACGUCACCGUGCACGCGUUGAGCUCCACUGGCAGCAGCAGUGGCGGCAGCGAUGUUGACGCACAGGAGGGGGAAGUAGUGGUGUCGCAAUCUGGUUCGAAUACGCGCCGUUUGAACCUGACGUUGCUUGCAAGCAACACAUAUCACCGUGUGACUGCGCGAGCGUGUGUUCCCAGCACGUGUGCUGGUGAGAACGGCAGCGGUGAUAGCGAGGGUUCGCCUCUUCAGCCCGCUGUUCUGUGUGGACCAUCGCGGACCUUUGAAUUCCGGACAGCACCGGAUGCGCCGUCCGGCCUGCUGCCGCUCGCCGCCGUCGUUGUCAGCACGACGGUCGUGCGCGUGUCCUGGAGUCCUCCAACACAGCCCAACGCCGAUGCCGUGCGCUACGUGCUUGCACGCAACGGCAGCGUAUUGCUUGAUCUGGACGACGCGUCGCAGCUUGACUAUGUGGACCGCGCCAUCACCCCCGGCGUUACGUACGUGUACUCGCUGACGUUCAUCACGGCUGGCGGCUCCGCGACCGUGCUGUCGCCAGCUGUGCGCACGCGGCCGGGUGCACCUGAGGGCGUGGCGUUGCCUUCAGUCGAGCUGGCCCUGAGGGAUGCGGAUGUUCGCGCGCGCGUGUGCUGGUCAACGCCGCUGGACACGAAAGGUGCCAUUGCGGCGUACCAUCUGCACGUCAACGGCGAUGUUGUGAAUGCGCAGACGCAGCUGUGCGUGGACGUUCCGCUUUUGUAUGACACGGCGUUUUCGGCGUUUGUGGAGGCGUGCAACAGCGUUGGGUGCGCGUCCGGCCCUGUACUCCGCUUCUCCACCCCCUGUGGCGCCCCUACGGCUGUCGUGGCGCGUGUUGCUUCGCGCACUGCAACCUCCCUGAACCUUGCAUGGCCCGUGCCAGAGUACACGCGGUGCAGCGCUGUCCUUUAUGACGUCAGCGUCACGGGGCCGGGCCUGCUGGAAGGGGCGUCCUCUUCAUCGGAGAUUGGCACGCUGGAGGUGGACGGCCUGUCCACUCGCACGCUGUCCGUAACAGAUUUGCAACCCGCAAGCGCCUACACGGUUGUUGUUGCUGCUCGCACACGCGGUGGCCGCACGUCUGGUGCCGCCUUCCUUGCCGAAACAUUGUCAUCGCCACCAUCGGGCGUUGGCAUUCCCGCUGCUACCGUCCUCAGCAACACGAGCGUGCUGCUCGCCUGGGACCUUCCUCUCAAGCUCAACUCGCCGCCCAGUUCGCUGUACUUUGAAGUGUAUCGUGACGGUGCCCUUACACGCACGCUGCCAGGGACUGUGUUUGCGUACACAUCGCGCUCGCUCACGCCCGCCACCUCGUACAAGUUCAGUGUUGCGGCGUGCUCCUCCGCUGGUUGCACGCGCAGCCCGCUGGUGACGGCGACGACGCUUGAGGGCGUGCCUGCAGGCAUUUCUGCGCCCGUGAUUGACGCUGUCCGUGCGCGUGGGUUUGCGCUCGCGUGGUCCGCCCCUUCGAAUGCAAACGGUGCCCUGACAUCCCUUUGGCUUGAAGUGGACGUGUGCACGACGAUAAACACAGACUGCUUUGGCUCCACCACCAGCGGCAGCGGCAGCGCCAGCAGCGCCAGGAGACGCCGGAGCAGGGGUGACGAUGAUAGCUUUGGUAAUGCUGGUGGUGCUGGUGAUAGUGAUGGAGAUGGUGACGUGAGGGUCGUGCGGCGGGCGGUGGUGUCUGGUGCGCCUGCUGGUGCUGUGCGCUAUGCGUUUCCGCUUCCGCUCUCCGCCACAUAUGCGCAGGUGAACAACAGCGUCGUUGUGCCGUUUACACAUCACCGCGCCCGCGUCGUGUACGCAACCGCCGCCGGGCCGACAGCCAGUCCCUGGGCGUCGUCGUACACGGUCAUGUGUCAGCCGAGUGAUGGCCCAAUGUGCACAGACGUCAAGACUGUCCCCCUCAUCACACCCACAGCAGCACCCGCAGUCACAACCACCCCUCUCGUGUGCCAGAUGACGGGCCCUCAGACGCUGAGCUGCGACUGGACGGGCGUGUUCUCCCUCUUCUCUCCGCUCAAUUUCUACCGGUUUUCCCUAUCAGAGCAACUUGAACAACCAAUCAUCACCAUGGACACGGGCACGGCUGUCGGCGUGCUGCCGACUGGUCGCCCCAUCACCGCCACUGUUGAUGCCGUCACGCCACGAGGAACCGUCACAGCUGCAGCCACACUCCGCCUCCCGUCAACAACCACCACGACCACGACAACAACGACAACCGCCAACGGAACGGUUGUGGCGACACCGCCCACGGCCACCUCUGCAUCACGGGAUGCCAUUGGUGCUGGCGGUAUUGUCGGCGUCUGUAUUGCCGCGCUCUUCAUCUUCGUCGUCCUCAUCUUGGCGCUUGUGUCUCGCCGGCGCAAUGCGAUGGGGGCAGUGCAGGUCAUAUCUGUGAAGACCACAGACCCGCUUGCGGAGACACUGGACAUGGAUCACAUGCACGCGCACAACCGCAACCACUUUUGGGUCAAGGACAUUGAAGACGUGGAGAUGGCCCCUGCCGUGUUGAUGCGGAAGAGCGGUCCGUCCAGCCACCACCGCCCCCACUCCAGCGUCACCGCCAACCGCCACAGCAGCGCCAGCAACGCCAGCAGCAGCCGCAGCAGCGUGUAUGUGCAGCGAACGGUGCGUGUGGAUGGCGUGCCUGCCUCAUCGUUCAUGGUGCCACAGCCGCUCCUGGGACAGGUGCCGUCCGAUCAGCAGCACGCCCACCAUGGCAGCAGAGGCAGCGGCAGCGGUCAUGGUGGUGGUGAUGAUGAGCGGGACUUGUGGCUGCUGGCGGGUGUUGUUGACAGCGCUCUUCAGCCUGACGAGACACAAACCGAUGGUGAUGGUGAUGGCGAUGGCGAUGGUGAUGGUGGUGUUGGCCGUGUUGGUGCGAGCGCCAACGUGACAGGGAUGUCUUCAUCGCACUUUGGAGACCUGCUGAGCACCACGGGCCCCAGCAUGCGGUGGGGCCACCCCUACCCGGCGACACCGCGCGGCGCCUCGUCUCGCAUGCACAACAGCACCAGCAUGUACCAGCCGAGCCCAGCACCGUCGUAUUCGCAGCCAGGGCUCACCGUAUCGGCGCUCUUCACACCGCGUCACGUGGAGCCCCACAUCCCGCUCGUGCCGCCAACGCCACUGCCAGAUGCGCCAGCGACCGUGUACACGCCGGGGCAGGCAUCGCCACCGCCCACAGCGCACCCUGGUGCCACCCAACACAGCCCAACACACGCACGCGCGCAUGAUGGGUCGUUUGUUGCUGCGGAUGACACGCGUGACAAGCGCCAGCGCACACCAGCGGGUGCGGGCGAGGAGGUGUCGGGUGCAAGUAGCGGACGCGGUGGUGAUGGGAAGCGACGGUGGUCGAUUGUUGGGCGGUUGAGACGCUCUCGACGGGGAUCAACAGCAGAUGCCAUGCCCGCCAGUGGCGAUGAAGAUCACCAUGAUGUUGAUGGUGAUGGUGAUGGUGAUGGUGAUGGUGAUGAUGAAGGUGAUGGUGAUGGUGGUGAAUUGGAUAGGCCGCGGCUUGCGAGUCUGCGUGCUCGCGAUUACACGCUGCGCUCCAUGGCACAACAGCCACUCAACAUCAGCGAUGUGCCACACGUUGGUGAUGACGAUGACGAUGAUGAUGAUGAUGACGUUGGCGGUGACGACGAUGAUGGUGGUGUUGAUCACCAUCGCCACGAGCACCCGCACCACCGCCGGCGGAAAAAGCGCAGCAGUCUGCGUGUGCGUUUGUCGAUGUUCGAGCCACGAUCAGGCAAGAAGAAGGACAACAAGCAGGAAGGUGGCAGUGGUGGCAGCGAUGGCGGUUAUGGUGAUGGGCCCAGGGAGGAAGAUGAGCAGGGCAUUGAGAAGGAGGAGGAGGUGGUGGUGGAUUAUGGGCAGCCACUGUUUGUGAUGCCAACAGCCACGUCAUCAACAACAGCAACAUCGUCGACGACAGGACACGACGCAUCAGCACGCAGCAGUAGCGCGGCUGUGGGCGCCGUGCACGACCACCCGCACUACGACCGCAUUCGCAGGGUGUCUGACGUGCUGCUGCACUCGGUCAUGCUGGACGGGUUCUACGAUGCGUUGGAGGAAAUUGGGCGGCGGCGGAAGCAGCAGCAGCGCGAAGAGGAGGAGGGACGUCAGGUGGCCAGCAGGCAACAGCAGCUGGAACACGCUGUUGGUGAUGCUGUUGGUGAUGGUGAUGGUGAUGGUGAUGGUGGUGAUGAACAGAUUACGCUUCGAAAUGGCGACGAUGGUGAUGAAGGCGUGGUACCUGUGAGCGUUACUGCUGCCACACCGCACCAGCAAGAGACGCGCGAAAGUGACAGUGAGAGUGAUGCAGCAAGUGCACCUACAGCCGAGCACAACAAUGCACCCGACACCAGUCCCAGCGCCACCAUCACCGCGGAUGAUGUGCAGCUUCGCCCUCACAACCACAAUCAGCAGCAGCAGCAGCAGCAGCAAGAAAGGCGACCGCGACUGCACACGCUGCACGCUGACCGCGCUGGCCAGCCGCUUGACCCGCACCGCUUGUCGCUCUCUUUCAACGUGGAGCCCACGCGCGCCGCCGUGCUGUCAGACACGCUGAUGGGACUGCAGGGCCAGGUGCUGGCUGCUGACACAGUGGAGGAAGCAGCAGAUACAGCGGUUGCUCUGCUGGACCUCUUGCACCGCAGUGUGAGUGCAGGUGCACAGCCAGGCAACACACGCCCCACUCGUGAUGGUGGCAGCGAUGGUGGUCGCAGUCGUGGUCGUGGGAGUUUGCUCUCUGCGCAUGAGGCCGCGCGCCGCACCGCUGCUCAGCACUCAAUGGCAUCAUCAUCAUCAUCAUCAUCACCGUCGUCAUCAACAUCAUCGUCAUCGGCAUUGGACGGAGCGAGUGAUGGAGGUAAAGGCGGACAUGGAGUGACAGACACGCAUGCGUCCAACGACACAAUGACGCCUGGCAAUGAUGCCGAUACACAGCAGCAGCAUUCGCAGCAUUCGCAGCAGUCGUUGUCAUCGUCUUCGGCAGGUGGGCGGUUGGCAACUGUACAGGAGGUGGAGGAUGGGCGCGCUGAGGAUACGAUGGAUGAUGCUGUCUCCGUUGCUGUGGAUGGCGGUGGUGAGACAACACAGCAGCAGCAGCAGGACGAGGACGAGGAAAGAGAGGGACACGAGGAAGGGAUGAAGGGCGAAGAAGACAGCAAGGAGGAGGAAGAGGCAAAGGAAGAUGUAGGGGCAGUGACCAGCACCACCCAUGGUGGUGAUGGAGACGAGAACAAUGAGAAUGAGGAGGAUGAGGCACGCGAGAUGGCGGAGCUAGAGGCUCUGCUGGAGGAGGAAGGGAUGUUGGACGCCGCAGACCAGCGACCCCAGGCCAACAACGGCGGCGGCGGCGGUGGUGGUGGUCAUGGCGAUGGUGACGAUGAUGAUGAUGAGAUGGCUGAACUGGCUGAGCUGCUGCAGGAGGAAGGGUGUUGAUGGCGAGUACUCCUGACCAGAGAGAACGAAGCUGUGUGUGUGUGUGUAUGUGUGUGUGUGUGUGUGUGCGUGUGUGAGUGUUUGUGUGUGUGUGUGUGUAUGUGUGCGUGCGUGCGUGCGUGUGCGUGCGUGUGUGAGGGGGGAGAGGAGAAACAGGCAGGCAUGUAAUGAUUGCGUUUGGUGUGGCCGUUGUGUUGUGCUGUGCGUGCGGUUUUGUUGUUGCUGCCGGUAGAAACUGCAUGCACGUGUAUGCUCUAGUCAAUCUUCAGUGCUUGGGACAUUUCAGCUGUCAAUACGUUUCGUUUAGUGACUCAUUGAACGCACUCAAUGUGACAGUUUGCGUCCAC